AUGGGGAUCUUGCUGGGUCUGCUGCUCCUGGGCCACCUAACGGUGGUCACCUAUGGCCAUCCCAUACUGGAAGGACCAGAGAGUGUGAUAGGGCCAUGGAAAGGGGAUGUGAAUAUUCCCUGUACCUAUGGUCCCCUGAAAGGCUACACUCAAGUCUUGGUGAAGUGGCUGGUACAACGUGGCUCAAACUCAGUCACCAUCUUUCUACGUGACUCCUCUGGAGACCAUAUUCAGCAGGCCAAGUACCGGCGCCGCCUGAAUGUGAGCUAUGAGGUUCCAGGGAAUGUGUCCCUCCAACUGAAUACCCUAGAGAUGGAUGAUAGAGGCCACUACAUUUGUGAAGUCACCUGGAACACCCCUGAUGGUACCCAAGUGGUACGAGAGAAGAUCAUUGAGUUCCGUGUCCAGAAAAUUCCUGUCUCCAAGCCUACGGUGACAACUGGCAGCGGUUACGGUUUCACGGUGCCUCAGGGAAUGAGGAUUAGCCUUCAAUGCCAGGCUCGGGGUUCUCCCCCCAUCAGUUAUAUUUGGUACAAGGAACAGACUAAUAACCUGGAACCCAUCCGAGUAGCAAACUUGAGUACCUUACUCUUCAAGCCUGCAGUGGUGGCUAACUCAGGCUCCUACUUUUGUACCGCUAAGGGCCGGGUAGGCUCUGAGCAGUGCAGUGACAUUGUGAAGUUUGUGGUCAAAGACUCCUCCACGCCACUCAAGACCAAGACUGAGGCACCUACAACCAUUCAAAUUCCCUUGGAAGAGACAUCUAUAGUGAACCCAUCCCGGAACUGGACCACUGAAGUGAGUGACUAUUUGGAGGACACAAUUGCUGGGCCAGGAAGGGGUCUUCCUAUCUUUGCCAUCAUCCUCAUCAUCUCCUUGUGCUGUGUGGUGGUUAUCACCAUGGUUUAUAUCAUGCUUUGCCGGAAGACAUCCCAACAAGAGCAUGUCUAUGAAGUGAGCAGGAUGCCUUCCAUUGAGGCCAGUGACUCUGGAGAAACCAUGAGAGUGGCCAUCUACACCAGUGGCUGUUCCAGUGAUGAGCCAGCUCCCCGGGCUCUGGACAACAACUACUCUGACGAUCCCUGCCUGGGCCAGGAGUACCAGAUCAUCGCCCAGAUCAAUGGUGACUAUGCCCGCCUGCUGCACACAGUUCCCUUGGAUUAUGAGAUUCUGGGCAAUGAGGUUAAGAGUGUCUGCUAA